GUGUUUCCUGCUACUUGCGUGCACCUCCCCUUUCUCUUCCACCUCCUCCUCUGUGAUACGCGCAGGAGAGCUCAGUUGGAUGGAGACUCCAGACUCCCGCGGUUCCUCGACGAAACCGAGCCGGCGUUUGUUAUUAAUGAAGACAUCGUUCAUACCUAGGAUCAACUGGCUGUGCUGUUCUUUCCCCCCCACCUGACGCUUAAUACAAAUACCCGUCAAGUCGCUUUGAUUACCUUAAGUGGUGGUCUCAGUGGCUCUUGAGCGGCUGCACAAGAGACUGGAAUAAAACCGACUGAACUCCAGCGAGGCCACAUUGAAGACACAUGUAGGAAAAAUGAAGACAAGUGAUGACCUGCAGCUUAAUUUCACUAAAUUCUUAUGGGUAAAACUAAGCUUUUUUUAGAGAGUAAUUUCCUUGCUUCUAUUUCUACAUGCCUGCUGUGAUUCUUGGUCAGUAUGUCACUAUCAGACUGCAAAAAUGGGAGCAACACUCCAAUUUUCCACAACCACCUUCACAGCUUGCACAUUGCUGAAAACUAUGCAAAACGGCCCGUCCGGACGUUUUUGGACUUCAGGGACACAAAUGUGGCUAAAAAUCUGGACAUCAAACAUGUUCCUAUGCUUUUUUUCAAGAACCUACAGCGCAUCUCGAAAAUCAAAGUGGUUAGCUUCCUCCUGGGCUUAACAUUGACAUUUUUCAUUAUGGCUUCUUAUGUCCUAAUGUGGGAUAAGAAAGGACCUUUGUUCACUCCGUCACUAUAUCAGCUCAGACCUGCAGCCAUCCCAACCAGCACAACAGCAACGAGAGCUUCUUCUAAAAAAUCCCCAAUAAAUGUGAAAGUGCUUGUAAAGCUCAUCAAACAGGAAUACACACCCAGGAAAGUGCCUGAUGAGAAGGAUGUCAUUGCAACAGACUCUCAACUUUUUUCAGUGAUUCCUCGCCAUUUCUUGCCUGGUAUCAAGAGCCCUUGCUGGUACGAGGAGUUUUCCAGUAAACCUGGCAAUGACCUAUACAGGAGGAACCUCUUCAAACUGCGCUCAAAGUCCUUCAAGACUGUGUGUGACCGUCUGAGGGCCAAUUUCCACCAGCAUUUAUACCACAAAGAUGGGAAGGACUUUCGUCUGCGGUGCCUGCCAUACUUCUACAUUAUUGGUCAACCAAAGUGUGGCACGACUGACUUGUUUCACAGAAUGCUACUUCAUCCAGAAGUCAAAUUCAACAUAAUGAAAGAGCCACACUGGUGGACCAGGAAACGGUUUGGUUAUAUCCGUUUCAAAGAUGGCUUCCAGGAAAGUUUUCCUGUGGAAGAUUACCUGGAUCUGUUUGACUUGGCAGCCCACAACAUCCAAGAAGGAAUCACUGGAAAUUCAUCUGGACACCACCGUGCACUCCAGCUCAUAACAGGUGAAGCCAGUGCAUCCACUAUGUGGGACAAUCAAGCCUGGAGCUAUCUCCAUGCAGACAAGGAGGAGACGGAGCCCCCCUUCCUGGCCCAGGACUUUAUCCAUGCAGUCCAACCCGAUGCCAAAAUUAUCAUAAUGCUCAGAGAUCCAGUAGAGAGGCUCUAUUCUGACUACUUGUAUUUUAAGACGGCCAACAAGUCUGCAGAGGACUUUCAUCAGAAGGUCAUAGAGUCUGUGCAGUUGUUUCAGUCCUGUGUCUCUGAAUGGUCACUACGUUCCUGCACCUACAACACCAGCCUCUUCAACAACAUGCCAGUGAGAUUAAAUCUGGGGAUGUACAUUGUCUUCUUACUGGACUGGCUGAGUGUUUUCAGUAAAGAACAAAUCCUAGUUCUUCGACUGGAGGACUAUGCAGCGAACCUCAAAGAGACAAUCCAAAAAGUUUUUGAUUUUCUGAGUGUAGGUCCUCUGUCACAGCAGGUGGAGGCAGCACUGACCAAACAGCCUAUGUCUAAUACUCGGCGGGAGGAAGACCGGAGUCUUGGUCCAAUGCUUCCGGCUACCAGAAACAUCCUCAGGAAAUUUCACCAGCCUUUCAACCGUAAACUGGCCAGUCUGCUGGACAACAAAGCCUUUCUCUGGAAUAACUCCUGAAGGAGCACAAGCACUGAUAAAAUGAGGAUAGAUGUGAAUGAACAAUCAGAGCAAACAGCUAAAAACAGGAAUGUUUGUUAUGAAGAAAUGAAUGUGUAUGAGGUCUAUAUCAGAUGUAUGGGUCUUGUUUGAGAUAUUUAUGUGCUUUUGGAAUAUUGUGAGCCUUCGAGAUAAGAUAAUAAUAAAAAUAAUUGAAUUUGUUUUUUGAUUUUGUAAAUUGUGGCUUUGAUGCACUGUUACAAUAAUAACCAAUACAUUAAUCUACACUGAAUUAAGCUUUCUCUUCUUUUAGGCCUCAAAAUGCUUUUAUUGAAUAUCAUAGGGUCAUGGUACUGCUAUUUUAUAUAAAGAAACAUACCUGUCCUAGUAUUGUGUUUUCUCUUUCAAAUAUUGUUUGCAAAGAUAAAUGGAAAAUAAUUUACCCCUGUAACAAUACAAUUUAUGAAUAAUCCUCAAAUGAAAUGGAUGUUUAUAAUUAUAAAGACUACUGUGUACUUUGACAGCACUGGUCUGUGCUGGUCAGAAGGUCCAGCAGGUCUGGAGAAAGUCAGGGUUGAUAUUUCAUUACUUGAAAGUGAAUCUCUUAAACCUUAAGCCGUGAUAAAAAUGCAAAUUCAAAUUAUAAUUACAAAUACAACACUUUGAAUCAACUUCGGAUAUUUCUGCUUCAUUUUUCAUGAAAUAAAAAGGGAAGAGGCCUCACCUGGCUAUUAAA